ACUGCCCGGAGCCUUUAUCAGAGUACAGCACCGGGCACUGGGGAGGGCAUCACACGGCUGGGAGACGGCACUGGGGCAUCUGGCUGUGACUUCUGCUGCUGAAGACUCUGCCAUUCCCUGCUAGGACCAGCCCUGGUGCUUGCCCUCAGGGGGACGCCUGGUUGCUCCGGGGACGGGGGCUGCACUCUCUCCUGUUCCACUUGGAUGAAUAGCUGGUUCCUGUGCCCUGCGGGUACCCGCUCCCACAGGAUGCUGCUGCUGCCUUGCCUCUUCCUAGCCUCCAUUGUGGCAGCUCAAGGGCACCCGGACCCAACACUGGAUGUGCACUGGGAGCUGUGGAAGAAGGCGUACGGCAAGUGGUACCGGCAUCAGGAGGAGGAAGGGGCCCGGCGCGCAACCUGGGAGCAGAACCUGCGGCUUGUGACACUGCACAAUUUGGAGCACUCGCUGGGAAUGCACUCCUAUGAGCUGGGCAUGAACCACCUGGGGGACAUGACCAGCGAGGAGGUGGCUGCUUUGCUGACAGGAGACAGAGUUCCUCCCCAGCCGCACCGGAACGCCACCUACCUCCCGACACCGGGCAGCCACCUGCCAGAUGCCGUGGACUGGCGGGACAAAGGCUGCGUCACAGAUGUGAAGAACCAGGGGCCCUGCGGCUCCUGUUGGGCCUUCAGUGCUGUUGGGGCCCUGGAAGCCCAAGUGAAGCUGAAGACUGGGAAGCUGGUGUCCCUGAGUGCUCAGAACCUGGUCGACUGCUCCACCAUGUACGGGAAUCACGGCUGUGGUGGCGGAUACAAAACUCAGGCCUUCCAGUACAUCAUUGACAACCACGGCAUCGAUUCAGACGGCGCCUACCCCUACACUGCCCAGAAUGGGACGUGCCACUACGACCCAGCCACGUGUGCCGCCACCUGCUCCAGGUACUUUCAGCUCCCAUAUGGCGAUGAAGCAGCCCUGAGGGAUGCCGUUGCCAACAUUGGACCCAUCUCGGUCUCCAUAGAUGCGACUCUGACUUCAUUCUUCCUUUACAAAUCAGGUGUCUAUGAUGAUCCACGGUGCACCCACUAUGUGAAUCAUGCCGUCCUUGUGGUCGGCUAUGGCAGACUCAAUGGACAGGACUACUGGCUUGUGAAGAACAGCUGGGGUGUCAACUUCGGUGAUAAAGGCUACAUUCGCAUGUCAAGGAACCAUGGAAACCAUUGUGGCAUUGCCAGCUAUGGCACCUAUCCCCAAAUAUAGAAAUGCUGUCUUCUUCAAGAUGGACUCUUCAAAUGCAGCUUGUUUAAAUUAUGUACCUUUGGCUUGAAGCUUUAAUCUAUUUCCUGUCAUGAAAAGCACUGUCCCUGACUUGAAGAACAAGACCCUCCUGUCACCUCUGCCUGCUGGAUCUGGACUGCACAGGAGAGAUGAAAAAUAAGUAGGGCUGGGCUGGGCUGGGUUUGUCAAUAUUUAGGCACUUAUUUCUUGCUCUCCACU